GAAGCCGCGCUGCCGGGCUUCCCCAGCUGCCGGGGAUGCAGCUCCGCGCGCACCUGCUCCCGGAUGAUUCAGUGAAGAGGAAAGCUUGGAACCACUGCGAGCCACAGUGGCCCGAGAGACAGCGGUCGGAGAAGAGGAAAUUACUCCUUCAUUUUAUUGUGCUAUGUGUGUCUGGGGGUGCUGUACAUGCCCAAGGACAAGGCAUAGAUAUUCUUCAUCAACUAGGUCUUGGAGGCAAAGAUGUAAGACACUCAUCAGUGACUGCUGUACCAUCAUCAUCUACACCAUUACCUCAGGGGGUCCAUUUAACAGAAUCAGGUGUCAUUUUAACAAAUGAUGCUUAUAUUGAGUCACCUCUUGUGAAAAUUUUACCAGUCAACUUAGGACAGCCAUUCACAAUAUUAAUUGGGUUACAGUCACAUAGAGUAAACAAUGCAUUUCUCUUCACCAUUAGAAAUAAAAAUAGACUGCAACUAGGAGUACAACUAUUACCUAAAAAAUUAGUAGUAUACAUCGGAGAAAAGCAGUCUGUAUUUUUCAACUACAGUGUUCAUGAUGAGCAAUGGCAUUCAUUUGCCAUUAAUAUUAGAAACAAAGUUGUCUCAAUGUUUGUUGAGUGUGGGAAGAAUUAUUUUAACAGAGAGACACUUUCGGAAGUUCAGACCUUUGAUUCUAACAGUGUGUUUACCUUAGGAAGUAUGAAUAAUAACUCUGUCCAUUUUGAAGGAAUAGUAUGUCAGCUGGAUAUUAUUCCUUCUGCAGAAGCAUCUGCAAACUAUUGCAGAUAUGUGAAACAACAGUGUCGCCAAACAGACACAUACCGACCUGAGACAAGCCUUCCUCACACAGCUAUCGUACCAACUAAGAUACCAGAAAACUCUCUUUCCCCCAAACAAUUUGGUGAAAAAGUACUGUUGGAGUAUACAUUUACUGAAGGCAAAAGUAUUCCAAAUAUCAUAAAUAAUGAUUCUGCAACAGUGUAUAAACAAGAAGAACACCAAAUACCAAGACUUCAGUUAACUUCUCUUCCUUCAGGGAAUGUCUCUGCUGUGGAUCUUGUGACCCAUGGGAUUCAGGCCAAAGAAAAGAUCAUGGAGGAAUAUACUCAGACAAAUUUAAGCCUGUCAAUGACCCAUCAGAGCCUCAGUAAGGCAAGAGUGCAAACCAAGGAGAAAUUUAGUUCUCUCCUAAAUGUGUCCGGCAAUAUCACACAACAUGGCCAUAGAGUAACUGGUCUCUCACCGAUUAAGAUGUCAUCUCUUCUCCAACAUAGAAAACACGAUUCAGUUAAUAAUCUCAAGAAGGCUAUUAAAGCAAAUCUACACACUAAUGAACUAAUGGAAAUGCAACAGAUUUUAAACACAACUUUAUAUAGAGUGACAGAUGAGCCAUCUGUGGAUAAUCACCUUGAUCUAAGGAAGGAAGGGGAAUUUGAUCCUGCUGCUACUUACAUCAUCGAAAAUAGUUAUGAAACUGAGCUUUAUGAUUAUUAUUAUGAUGAUGAUCUUAAUACAAUGCUUGAAAUGGAGAAUCUAAGAGGGCCAAAAGGGGAUACUGGACCUCCCGGUCCUCCUGGUCCAGCAGGCAUCCCAGGUCCAUCAGGCAAGAGAGGUCCACGGGGCACACCAGGACCACAUGGAAAGCCUGGGUUACCUGGAUUACCAGGUCCAAAGGGCUCCAAAGGAGAUCCAGGAUUUUCCCCAGGUCAAGCUGUUUCUGGAAAAAAGGGCGACCAAGGGUUGUCUGGAUUAAGGGGGCCUCCUGGUAUGCAAGGUAAUAAGGGUCUCAAAGGGUAUCCAGGACUCCCAGGGCUCCGAGGUGAACAAGGUAUUCCAGGAUUGGCUGGUAAUAUUGGUUCACCUGGUUACCCUGGCAGGCAGGGUUUAGCUGGACCAGAAGGUAAUCCAGGUUCUAAAGGUGUAAGAGGUUUCAUUGGCUCUCCUGGAGAAGUGGGACAAUUGGGACCCGAAGGAGAAAGAGGCAUUCCUGGGAUACGUGGAAAGAAGGGUCUUAAGGGAAGACCGGGUUUUCCAGGUGACCUUGGAGACAGAGGCCUGGCUGGUCCUGAUGGCAGUCCUGGACUUGUAGGUAGCAUUGGCCCACCAGGAUUUCCGGGGCUUAGAGGCAGUGUUGGCCCAGUUGGACCGAUUGGACCUUCUGGAAUUCCUGGCCGAAUGGGUCUUUCAGGGAAUAAAGGGCUACCUGGACUCAAAGGUGAUAAGGGUGAACAAGGCAUUGCAGGAGAGCCAGGAGAACCAGGGUAUCCUGGAGACAAGGGAACUAUUGGUUUGCCAGGACCACCAGGGAUGAGAGGAAAGCCAGGACCUUCAGGCCAAACAGGUGACCCAGGACCCCAGGGAUCAACUGGCCCUUCAGGACCAGAGGGUUUUCCAGGAGAUAUUGGAAUACCUGGACAAAACGGCCCUGAAGGACCAAAGGGACUUCUUGGAAGUAGAGGACCUCCUGGCUCCUGUCUCAAAGGAACUCAGGGAGAAGAAGGACGUGGACCCUUUGGAGAACUGGGGCCAAUAGGAAAACCUGGUCGAAAGGGAUAUGCAGGUGUACCAGGACCAGAAGGUGUAAAGGGAGAAGUAGGAGAUCAAGGAAACAUUGGAAAAAUCGGUGAAACAGGACCUGUUGGUUUACCUGGAGAAGUUGGGAUACCUGGGAGCACUGGUGAAAAGGGAGACCGUGGAAGUCCAGGCCCACUUGGUCCCCAGGGGGGAAAAGGUGUUAUGGGAUAUCAAGGUCCUCCUGGGGUUCCAGGACCCAUGGGUCCACUGGGGUUACCUGGUCGUGUGGGGGCAAGAGGACCACCUGGAAGUCAAGGUCCUAAAGGACAAAGAGGUCCAAGAGGACAAGAUGGUCUCUCAGGGGAACAAGGGAUACAAGGUACAAAGGGUGAAAAAGGAGAUCAAGGAAAAAGAGGACCUCAUGGUCUUACUGGUAAGGCUGGAAACUCUGGAGAGAGAGGAGCUCAAGGGAAACCAGGUUUACAAGGAUCCACUGGAAGCCCAGGAGACAGGGGACUUGCAGGAGAACCAGGACCACGAGGACUGCAAGGUGAUGCUGGACCUCCUGGAGAAAUGGGUGCUGAGGGACCCCCAGGCAUUGAGGGAGAAGCUGGUCUGCAAGGGGAGCCAGGUGCCAAGGGAGAUGUUGGACCUGCAGGCAGUGUUGGAGUGGCUGGGGAACCAGGGUUACGGGGUGAACCAGGAGCUCCUGGAGAAGAAGGUCUCCAAGGAAAAGAUGGAUUAAAGGGGACCCCAGGAGGAAAGGGCCUUGCCGGAGAGGAUGGAGAAAAAGGAGAUGUAGGAUUACGAGGAACUACGGGGCCUUUGGGUGGACCAGGUCAAAUGGGUCCUCCGGGAUCUGAAGGAAUUGUGGGAAUUCCAGGACAAAGAGGUCGACCAGGAAAAAAGGGUGAAAAGGGACAAAUGGGACCCACAGGAGAAAUUGGAAGCAGAGGUACCCCUGGACAAGUUGGGGAAAGUGGUCCUAAGGGUGCCAGAGGAACAAGAGGUUCUGUGGGACAUUCAGGACUGAUGGGACCUGAUGGAGAACCAGGAAUUCCAGGAUUUUUGGGCCAUCAAGGUCAACCAGGACAUUCUGGAUUGCCAGGACCUAAAGGAGAAAAGGGUUAUCCAGGAGAGGAUAACACAGUCCUAGGACCACCUGGGCCUCGAGGUGAACCAGGUCCAAUAGGGGAACAAGGAGAAAGAGGAGAGCCAGGAGAAGAAGGGUAUAAGGGUCAUGUAGGUAUACCAGGGCUAAGAGGUACCACUGGACAACAAGGGCCCCCCGGCAAACCAGGUGACCAGGGUGAACAAGGACUAAAAGGAGAGAGAGGAUCUGAAGGUCCUAAGGGGAAGAAAGGAGUACCUGGUCCCUCUGGAAAACCUGGGAUUCCUGGACUUCCAGGCCUACCUGGGCCAAAAGGCAUGCAGGGAUACCAUGGAGCAGACGGCAUUUCAGGAAACCCUGGAAGAGUUGGGCUACCAGGAAAACAGGGACUUCCUGGCAUCAGAGGCAGCCCAGGAAGAACAGGACUGGCUGGUUCUCCAGGUCCUCGAGGAGCUAGAGGCUUAUCAGGCCUGCCAGGAAGCCCAGGAUUUCUAGGCCCAAAGGGUGAACAAGGGCUACCUGGUGAACCUGGGAUGCAAGGUAAAAGAGGUCACCAAGGAGCACAAGGUGAUCAAGGACCAUGUGGAGAGCCUGGCCUGAAAGGGCAGCCUGGAGAACAUGGUGCUCAAGGUUUGACAGGUUUUCAAGGAUUCCCAGGCCCUAAAGGUCCUGACGGAGAUGCUGGCAUGGUUGGAGUAUCAGGUCCUAAAGGUCCUACUGGACAGCGAGGAAAUACUGGCCCCCUUGGCAGAGAAGGUAUACUAGGCCCAACAGGUGGAAUUGGACCCAGAGGUGAAAAGGGCAUUAGAGGUGAAACUGGUGUUCAAGGACCAAGAGGUCAACCAGGACCCCCAGGUCCACCUGGAGCACCUGGCCCAAGAAAACAUAUGGAUAUCAAUGCUGCUAUUCAAGCUUUGAUUGAAUCAAAUACUGCCUUACAAACGGAGAGCUACCAGAAUACUGAAGUGACUUUACUCGACCACAGUGCAGAGAUAUUCAAAACUCUGAAUUACCUUAGCAAUUUACUGCACAGUAUCAAGAAUCCUCUUGGCACACGAGAUAACCCAGCACGAAUCUGCAAAGAUUUGCUUAACUGUGAACACAAAGUAUCAGAUGGAAAAUACUGGAUUGAUCCAAAUCUCGGAUGCUCUUCAGAUGCCAUUGAGGUUUUCUGCAAUUUCAGUGCUGGUGGCCAGACAUGUUUACCUCCUGUUUCUGUGACAAAAUUGGAGUUUGGAGUUGGAAAAGUCCAGAUGAACUUCCUUCAUUUACUGAGCUCAGAAGCUACCCAUAUCAUCACCAUUCACUGUCUAAACACUCCAUUGUGGACAAGUGGACAGACAAGUGGCCCAGGACUGCCUGUUGGUUUCAGAGCAUGGAAUGGACAGAUUUUUGAAGAAAACACUCCGCUUGAACCUAAAGUGCUUUCAAAUGACUGCAAGAUUCAGGAUGGCAGUUGGCAUAAAGCAAAAUUCCUUUUUCAAACCCAGGACCCUGCUCAACUUCCAGUGAUUGAAGUACAAAAACUUCCUUAUCUCAAAACUGGACAGAAGUACUACAUUGAAAGCAGUUCUGUAUGCUUUCUCUAAAGUCUCUAAAUUAGUUCAGAAUUCAUGCUGUUGGCCAGGUAAUUGCUGCAGAGGCAAAACUAUAGAUAGAAAGGUACUAUCAAUAUGAAAUGCAUGGAAUAAAGCAUUGGCUAAAUCAUAAAGAAACUCAGGAAGAAAAGACUUCCUCCUAAGAAGGAGAAAAAGCAUUUCUUAAAGAACUAUAAUUGACAAAGUAUUUAAUUCUUUUAAAAAUAAUAUUGAUCUGAGCUUUCUUAGAGAAUUCCUGAGAAUUGAAAAUUUAUGAAUAUGGAAUUCUUCAGGGUAUCCUAUAUUUUUGACUGUCUGAUAGCGAGGUAUCCAUUAGACAGCUGGAGAUGCAGAGUACUAUGGAGCAAUACUGGCUAAUGCUCCCAAAUGUGCUGUGCUUCUGUCUAAAAAUUAUAAGCCACAGUCUAUUAUGUCUUAUUUUCCCAAACACUAAGCUGUAUUCAGGUCCCUAAUGGACAUAUACAUCUUAGCCGGUGGUACACUACCUCUUAUGUGUUGCCUUUUUGUGUUGCUUGGUGCUCUUUCUAAAACAAGGUGCUUAUGGCUUUUGUAGAGUAUUCUGUUUCUUUUUUCGUCUUGUCAUUCUUUAAGAGUGUAUGUACUGGUUACAUCAAGAUAUGUCUUGGUUGUUCAUACUUAUUUUAAUUUGUUUGGUCACAUACGUAAUACCAAGUAAAGUAUUAUUUAUGUGAAGUCCUUGUUCUGUUUUAGAAUUCUCUUUGUGGAUAUGGAAUCAAAGCCAGCACAAUGUAUCCUGUGCUUAUACACAAGAGAAUUGGGAGGUUUAUUUUAUUUUCAUUUUUUUGUUUAAAUUGUUGUAAAAAAUAGUAAAGGCCAGCUACAUCCAGUAGUAGGUUUGGGUUAGAGUUUGGGGAUUGUGAUGUACUAUUUUUUAAAAACCAUGAUCAUCUGGAAUGAUGCUUUUGUAUAUAUAUUUUGUAAAGUUUUAAUUCAGCAAAUCUUUUGAUAUUGCUGCUUCCUUAAAUUAUAAAAACUUUAUAUUUCUGCUUUGUCAUAUUCAUUGAUUUCUCUUUCACUGUUCUUAAAUUUAAUGUGUUGGGACCGAAAGGCAUUUAACCUACCAGUCUUUGAAGCAACAUCCAGGAAAAAAACAUCUUUUGCCAUUUAAAAUAGGCCCAGCCAGUUCAGUCUUUCCUUGUUGUCAGAAAAAUGUUAGUUCACUAUUAAAAGAAAAAUAUUAUACCUCUUGGUAUAAAGAAAAGUUUGUUCAUCCAUUAUAAACAUACCUUUAACUACAGCAAA